UUCAUUCAACAAUAUGACCAGUUGAGCAACAUCAUUCCAGGAAUACCUAUUUAUUGUUUGGCCAUGGUGGAAGUUUCUUGACUCUGGUGGCCUUCUGUUUUUGUUAUCCAGAGACAAUCCUCACUAACGACCAAACUUCGAAGCCUCCGACAAUUUCAACGGGUUGAGGAUUGCAAACGCGAGCAUAGAACCAUUGAUUGAAGAAAUUUCAAGAAAUUUUAAGAAGAAAAAAAAAAAAAAAAUCACCCAGAAAGAGCAAGAAAAAAAAAGAAAGAGGAAUUGUGCAUUUCGAGCUUCCUGGUUGUUCUGUCUUCGGCCAUCUUCAAUUGUGUAUCUCGCCGUUGAAGAGUGGCAAUUAUGAUCGACAAAAAAAAAUCCAUGAAAUCCUGAAAUAUAUCGCGUUCUGGUUUGGAGGAAAUAAUUUAUGUUGAUUUUUUUCAAUUGAGAGGAAAUUAAGAUUGAACCUUGUGGGCUUCCCAAAAUCUUGAGGGUUUGGUAGUAGGUUGACCUGAUGAAUGUGGUGGGUAAAGUUGGGAGCCUAAUUUCCCAGGGUGUUUACUCUGUUGCUACCCCUUUCCACCCCUUUGGUGGGGCUGUUGAUGUCAUCGUUGUUCAGCAGCAGGAUGGGACAUUCCGAAGCACGCCUUGGUAUGUCCGUUUUGGUAAAUUUCAGGGAGUUCUGAAAGGUGCUGAGAAGGUUGUUCGCAUAGCAGUCAAUGGCGUUGAAGCCAAUUUCCACAUGUAUCUUGAUAAUUCAGGCGAGGCCUAUUUUAUAAAGGUCGAUGCUGGUAAAGGAGGUGAGAUAAACGAGGUGGCAGAGGAUUCUGAUAACUUGAAAGUUACAGCAGAGGAUAGUAGUUUAGGCGAUAACAACAAAGAUAGUAAUUACAACAUUAAUGGCAUUCACAUACUUGAACAUAGUGCCUCUGAUUCAGGGGUGGUUGGAUUGCGAGAUGAAUAUGUUCCCUUGCGUCCGGACCGUAUUGAGAGGGUAGAAUCUGAUGUCGAUCGAAGGUUUUAUGAUUUCCAGGAUGAACAAUCUUCUUUUGAGGGUUCAGUAGAGUUGUCAGAAUAUGGAUCAAAUCGAUAUGACUGUUUAGACGGCGAGGCUUUUGUGGAACCCCAAAGUUUGAAUGCAGAAGUGGUAUUGGUAAGUGUGGAUGGUUAUGUAUUGACAGCCCCCAUCUCAACAUCAGAGCAGAAUACAGAGAAUGUGCAAUUAAGUACACCACAGUUUCAUCUGGGCCCAGGUGAUGGGGCAGAUUUUUGUGAAGGCAAUGAGGAGUUUAGCACAGGCGAAAAUGUUUGGGCUGUUGAUUAUAUUAGCAAGAUGAGUCCAUCUACAGCUAAUGGUGCAUCUGUUGAUGUUGGCAGUAUUAGCAAUAAUGACAAUGCUUUUGGACACCAGCUGGAAGUUUGGGAAGGAGAGGGGGGCCAUGUUUGUCAAUCUCAAGAAGCUAUGAACAUUGCAGACCAGCAAGGAAAGAUUCACGUGCAAAGUGAUUCAGAGGAUGUGUCUCCUCCUAACAAGAGUGGAGAGGUGUUUAAGAGCUGUUUGGAGCUAUCAGAAUUGACCAAACAGGUUGGAAAUACUGAUUUAAAAGAUGUGGUUUCCUCAUUGGACGCCCAAUGUUCAGAAGAGACAUCUCAACAGAGUUCUCAAGUUGUUAAGGGAGGGAAAGAUUGGAGUGCUGUAGAAUCGAGAAAUGAUGAUGGGCUAUCUGCCUCCUGUAGUUCAAGUUCUCCUGGUAAUAUGACGUCUCCAGGUUUACAGGUUCAAGUUGAAUCAAUUGAGGAAAAUGCAUGGAAUGCAGAAGCAGAAGUAGAACACAUGGAUGACAGCAAAUCUGUUCAUUCUGUAUAUAAUGGUUCAGAAUCUAAGGAUGGAAAGUUUACCACAUCAGCAGCAUUUGAAGGGGUAGAUGAAUGCAGUAAUAAUGAGCCAGCAGAAACUCACACAGGAGUUUCCAUUGAAGAGAAUCAAACUCACUCCAUCCUAAGGUUUGAGAUUUCACUAUGUAGGAAUGAACUUCAUCCAGGUAUGGGUCUGGAAGCUGCUGCUGAAGCCUUUGAUGCGCAUCGGAUAUCUGCGGAGGAGUUUACAAACUCAUCAGCAUCAAUUAUCAGUAAUGAGAAUCUAAUAGUCAGAUUUAGAGAGAGGUACUUGCCGUGGGAAAAAGCUGCUCAUCUUGUUCUUGGAGUGGCUGCAUUUGGUUUAGAUUUACCUGUUGAGCCCAAAGAUGCAAUUCCUGUGGAACAGGAUGGCACACCACAGCCGAGGGAUGACGAUUCUGGAAAUACUCCUUCAUCUGGGCGUAGAUGGAGGCUCUGGCCUAUUCCAUUCAGAAGAGUGAAAACACUUGAGCAUGCUAGCAGUAAUUCAUCCAAUGACGAUGUCUUUGUUGAUUCUGAAUCUGGCAACUCAACAGUAGUGUCAACUUUGGCUUCGCAUAAUGGCAAUGGAUCCCCUCACAAGCAAUUGAUAAGGACCAAUGUUCCCACUAAUGAGCAGAUAGCUUCUUUGAGUCUGAAAGAAGGUCAAAAUAUUAUAACUUUCAGUUUCUCUACCAGGGUUCUGGGAACACAAAAGGUUGAUGCCCAUAUUUACUUGUGGAAGUGGAAUGCACGAAUUGUAAUUUCAGAUGUUGAUGGGACUAUUACCAAAUCUGAUGUUUUAGGCCAGUUUAUGCCUUUAGUUGGUAGGGACUGGACGCAAUCUGGGGUCGCUAGACUUUUCUCUGCAAUUAAGGAGAAUGGAUAUCACCUGCUGUUUCUUAGUGCACGUGCAAUUGUUCAGGCAUAUCUUACUAGGAGUUUUUUGCUCAAUCUGAAACAGGAUGGGAAUACUUUACCAAAUGGGCCUGUUGUUAUCUCCCCUGAUGGAUUAUUUCCCUCAUUGUACCGAGAAGUAAUACGACGAGCGCCUCAUGAAUUCAAGAUUGCGUGUUUAGAGGAUAUUAGAAAACUAUUUCCUUCUGAAUGCAAUCCAUUUUAUGCUGGCUUUGGAAAUAGAGACACAGAUGAACUCAGUUAUAGGAAAAUUGGGAUUCCCAAGGGAAAAAUAUUUAUCAUUAAUCCCAAGGGUGAGGUGGCCAUUAGUCAUCGCAUUGAUGUGAAGUCAUACACAUCUUUGCACACUCUUGUCAAUGACAUGUUCCCGCCAACUUCAUUGGUUGAGCAGGAAGAUUAUAACUCGUGGAAUUAUUGGAAAAUGCCAGUGGCAGACAUUGAUUUAUAGUACCAACGCGGUCAGUGGCUUGGGAUGUCCCACAAAACUUGGAUACACUAAACGUUCUUCUUGUUUGCCGGUACCAGCUGGGCUUUAUCCCAGAAUUAAUGCUAGCUCUCAAUGUUUUACUGGAAGUUUUAUUUAUUUGAUAGGGUCACAAGAUACAUUUCUGAAUAAAAUUCUCUGUGACAUUUAGCCCUCC